GAAACACCUUUCAGUCAGUCUGACAUGCGAUGGGAUGACCACAACAAAAGAACAGCAAAUUACUUGAAAAGGAACGAUUUAAAUGUGUGAGCUGUCCGUUUCAAUCCAAUAUCACUUUUAAGCGAAAGGCCUGAGAAGAGAUGGAUAAAUUCCGUAUGAUGUUCCAGUUCCUUCAGUCCAACCAGGAAUCUUUCAUGAACGGGAUCUGUGGAAUCAUGGCUCUGGCCAGUGCUCAGAUGUAUUCUGCCUUUGAGUUCAGCUGCCCCUGCAUGCCCGAAUAUAACCACAGCUACGGCAUUGGUCUGCUCAUCGUCCCUCCUAUAUGGUUCUUCUUAUUGGGCUUUGUGUUGAACAAUAACGUGUCCGUGCUCGCCGAGGAGUGGCGAAGGCCGACGGGGAAACGGGAGAAAGAUCCGUCCAUCCUUCGCUACAUGUUGUGUUCCAUCACGCAGAGAUCUUUGAUUGCGCCUGCAGUCUGGGUGUCGGUCACUCUCAUGGAUGGCAAGAGCUUCCUCUGCGCUUUCAGCGUCAAUUUGGAUAUUGAGAGGUUUGGGAAUUACAGUCUCAUCCAGGGGAUGCCCGAGACUGAGAAGAUAAGACUCCUGGCAAAGAUCCCCUGCAAGGACUUGUUUGAGCAUCAAGAAAUACGAGUGGCGGCGUCACGGUACAUCAAAUGCAUAUCACAGGCUUGUGGCUGGAUGUUUUUGCUGAUGAUAACCUUCACGGCCUUCUUGAUCCGCGCCAUCCGACCGUGCUUCACUCAGGCUGCUUUUCUCAAAACCAAAUACUGGUCCCACUACAUCGACAUAGAGCGUAAGAUGUUCGAUGAAACCUGUAAGGAGCACGCCAAGAGCUUCGCCAAAGUUUGCAUCCAUCAGUACUUUGAGAACAUCAGCGGAGAGAUCCGGAGCUUCCACGGCCAUCGCGCCGGCAAGUGUGACGGUGACUAUGAAGACGAGGACAAGAAGGGGGACGAUGAAGAGAAACUCCUGGGUAUAAGGGCGCAGGAUGACAUGAAUAAAGCUUUGUGGAACUGGCACACCUGCAAGCCAGCUCUUGCACUGAGGACGGAACAAACAAACGGGGAAAACCAAGACAAACUGAACGGGAACGGAACAAUAAACGGCUUUGCAAACAGCCACACCCUUAAUGUGGAGAAAAAGGAAUGGGCGGUGUACUACAGUAAAGUCUGACCGCAAAAGAACAAAAAACUGCUUUUCUGAAAAUAUCUGGAGAAAUAUGCUGCAUUUUCUUUCUUUUUUACACAUUUCGAAGAUUUCAACAUUCAAUUUGCUCUUAUUGAAUAUGAUAAUAUGCAUUAGGGCUGCAAUGAGUCAUCGAUUCUAAAAAAGUCUAGAUUUAUAUUCUGUU